CCUACUCUGGAGAGGAGGACGAUGGCUGGGGUGGCCCCGAAGUGCUCGGCGCCGGCGCUACGCCCGCUAGGGUUUGGCGAUCGAUGGCAGCGGAGAGCGCUUGCGGUGCCAUCGGCGGCGAGAGCGCGCCGUGCCAAUGCGCUGGUUGCGCGAUCCAAAUUUUCGGAAGUGGAAAGCAUGAACAAACACUUUGGAAUCAAAGGCAUUGAGGUUGAGAGUGGUCUGGGCGAUCUUCCGAAGGUAGUGCUGUGUAGCUCUGAAGGAAGCACUGCAGAGAUUUAUCUUUUUGGCGCGUGUAUCACCUCGUGGAGAACUGUUUCUGGAGACGAGCUGCUCUUCGUGAGGCCAGAUGCGGUCUUUGAUGGAACGAAGCCAAUCAGUGGUGGGAUCCCUCAUUGUUUUCCUCAGUUUGGACCAGGUGUUAUGCAACAGCAUGGUUUCGCGAGAAAUGUUCCAUGGACAUUGUCGACGACUGAAAACUAUUCCGGCUGUCCCUCCGUUACUCUGGAGCUCGAGCCCUCCGAUUACAGCCGCAACAUGUGGGACUGCGACUUCAAAAUCGAGUAUAAGGUCACACUAGAGCCAGAAGCUCUCAAAACACACAUUCAUGUAAAAAAUGUCGACAACAAAGAGUUCUCGUUCACCACAGCUCUCCACAACUACUUUCACGCAGCCAUUGGUGAUGUGUGUAUCAAAGGUUUGAAAGGAUGUAAAACUCUGAACAAAGACCCCGAUCCCAAGAAUCCAACACCCGGUGUCGAGAAGAGGGACGAAAUAACGUUUUCAGGAUUCUACGAUUGUAUGUACUUGAAUGCCCCGAGAGAAGUGAUACUGGAAAACGGCCUCGGCAAUACCAUCUCGAUCAGAAACAAAGGGUGGACGGACGCAGUGCUCUGGAAUCCAUACCUGACUUUGAAGGAAUCCUACUUGAACUUCGUCUGCGUCGAGAAUGCCAAACUUGAUAAGGUGGUGUUGCAACCUGGAGAAGCGUGGGCAGCGGAGCAAUUCUUGAGAGUUUGUAGCGAGUAGAGAGGUUUGUAAAUUCGAAGAAUUUUUUUUCCGAA